AGUUUGUGAGUGGCACUCGCUGCUCUUGCCGUGCGCGCCUUCUUCGCCAUUCGCCUACAUAUACUCGCCCCACCCACACGCAUAUCGAGGAAGCAAACACCACUUGGCUGCUCAAGCUCAGACCUCAGAGUACCCUCGCCUCUGCGUGGUCACCGUGGGCGUGGCCUGGUCGGAACGUGCGACAGGCAGAGGGAGAGGGAGAGAUGAUGAAGCAGGCGGAAGUGGUGGUGGUGGAGACGGCGCUGGUGGCGCCGAGCAAGGAGACGCCGGGGCAGCCGCUGUGGCUGUCCAACCUCGACCUGGCCGUGCCGAGGACGCACACGCCGCUCGUCUACUACUACCCGGCGGCGCCCGAGCAGUUGCAGGGCCAGGGCGCUGCCGCCGCGGGCACGGGCUCCUUCGCGCCGGACCGGCUCAAGGCCGCGCUGGCUGGGGCGCUGGUGCCGUUCUACCCGCUCGCCGGGCGGCUCGGUGCCGGCCCGGACGGGCGGCUGCAGAUCGACUGCAGCGGCGAGGGCGCGCUCUUCGUCGUCGCCAGGGCGGACCUCACCGGCGAGGAGAUCUUUGAGGACUACGAGCCGUCGCCAGAGAUCCGGAGAGCUUUUGUGCCGUCGGCGCAGCCCGGCGAGGCGUCCUGCCCCAUGGCCAUGUUUCAGGUGACUUUCCUCAAGUGUGGCGGCGUGGUGCUGGGCACCGGCAUCCACCACGCGGUGAUGGAUGGCGUGGGCGCGUUCCAGUUCAUCCAGACGUGGGCGGGGCUGGCCAGCGGCCUCGACGCCGCCGAGGCGUGCGGGCCGGUGCCGUUCCACGACCGGACCCUCCUCCGCGCGCGGCGGCCGCCGUGCCCAACCUUCGACCACUUCGUCUACUCCCCGGCCUUCCUCAGCGGCCGCCCGCGGCCCUUCGUCACCCGCGUCUUCCCCGUCUCCCCCAAGCUCCUCGCCGACCUCAAGUCCCGCUGCGGGGCCGGCGUGUCCACGUACUGCGCCGUCACCGCGCACCUCUGGCGCUGCGUGUGCGUCGCGCGCGGCGCCGCGCCGGGCGCGGACACCCGCCUCGGGCUGCCGGCCAACGUCCGCCACCGCCUGAGCCCGCCGCUCCCGCGCAGCUUCUUCGGCAACGCCGUCGUGCGCGACCUCGUCACGGCCCGGGUCGGCGACCUGCUGGGCAGCCCGCUCGGGUCCGUGGCGGAGACGAUCAAGAGGGCGGUGGACGGCGUGGGCGACGCGUUCGUGCGGUCGGUGCUGGACUACCUGGAGCUGGAGCUGGCGAAGAAGCGAGGCGACGACGACAGCUCCCGGGCGGCGAGCGAGCAGCUCGUGCCGGCGUCCGACCUGUGGGCGGUGAGCUGGCUGGGGAUGCCCAUGUACAGCGCCGACUUCGGCUCGGGCGCGCCGCGGUUCGUCGCGCCGGCGCAGAUGUUCGGCGUCGGCACGGCGUACAUGACCCCCUGCGCCAACAGGGACGACGACAUCACCGUGAUCUUCUCGAUGGAGGCCGAGCACAUCGACUGCUUCGAGAAGGUCUUCUACGGGGAAUGAAUUGAAACAGCGAGCCUCGUGAUAAAAAUUUUAUUUUCUGCUUUUAAUUUAUCCAUGUAAAAGAGCAGCAUUAUCAGGUUGAAUCCACAUAA